AUGGCAGCUCAAAUGAAGUCCGUCCCCGUAUCGCAGAAUGUCGGACUAGAAGUCAAGAAUUACGCAGCGACAAUGGAGAUCCUAGACGAAGGCUUCUUGGUGCAGUAUGCUGGUAUCAACCCUGAAACGGGCAAAAUAUGGAAGCCGAUGUGGGAUCGUAAGGAAGGUCGGUCAUUUGUUAGAUCUCUCACGCUGGAGGACAAGUCUAAACGAGUCUUACAAUGGUACUGCAUCUUAGCUGGCUUCUUGAAUUUGGCUAUGAAUCUUCCUGAACCGCUUGCGAAGGAAAUGACGGUAUUGCCUAAGUGUGCAAUGUCUUCUGGGACGAAAGCGAACUUAAUGCCCAAUGAGGCUGUUGAUAGUCACGAUUUGGAAGGUGCAUCACAAAAGAAAAUGAGACGCGAGGCAGACGGGUCCCCACAACUUAAAGAGGACAAAGCGAGACUGCGGGCCCGAGUGCGCAAACCAACUAGUAUAUUCAUUCCGAACAAGAGUAGGACUGUGUCCCAAUCCAGCAUGAUUCACAGGCAAUCUAGAGGCAUCGUCUUUUCGAAAGAUCCAGAUCCAGAGGUUAUACAAGCAGUGUCACAACAGACCGACAAUUCUCGGAUGUCUCUUGAGUCGGGUUUACAUUGGAUGUUAGAUCCGAUUAUCUCGUCAAAGAAAGGAAUGGCAGUAGAGAUCCGUGGAACUGCCGGUGAUAGCGGUUGGUUCCAGGGGCAGUAUGAGGAUCAACAGGGUGCAAUUCUUUCUUCGUUUAUAACAGGAAGCUCUUCCUUCGCGUCGACCGCUUGCACAUGA